UGGACGCUGGGGCCGGAAAUAGUUAAGUGUCCACACACGUGACUCUACCAGUGACAGAAAAUGGCGGAGUCGGAGGAGGAGGUGGACGUCCUGGUCCAGAGAGUUGUCAAAGACAUCAGUAACGCGUUUAAAAGGCAUCCGAGCAUUGAUGAGAUCGGCUUCAUCCAGUGCCCAGAGGCACGCUACAACCGCAGUCCCAUUGUGCUGCUGGAGAACAAGCUGGGCGUGGAGAGCUGGUGUGUAAAGUUUCUGCUGCCUUACGUCCACAACAAGCUGCUGCUCUACCGCCAGCGCAAACACUGGUUGGACAGAGAAGCUCUAGUUGACAUCACAUGCACCCUCCUGCUGCUGAAUCCAGAUUUCACAACUGCCUGGAAUGUCAGGAAAGAGUUGCUGCAGUGUGGUGCUCUUAGCCCAGAGAGGGAUCUGUACCUUGGAAAGCUGACACUCACCAAGUUCCCCAAGAGCCCAGAGACAUGGAUACACAGGCGGUGGGUGCUACAACAGAUCUUGAAUCGGUUUCCUGCUGUGGGUCACCAUAAAAUUCUGCUGCGUCGGGAAGCAGAAGUUGAAGUUGCUGAUGCAGAAAUUACCCAACAUGCCAAUGAUCAUCUGGCCCAGAUUAUUCUUCAAGAGAUGAUGGUGUGCGCUGACGCUGCAAGCCGUUAUCCCAGCAAUUACAACGCAUGGUCCCAUCGCAUCUGGGUCCUGCGGCACAUGGCCCAGGGCAACUCUAAGGUGUUCCAUGAUGAACUGUCAUCGCUGCGCCUGUGGGUGUCUAUGCAUGUGUCUGACCACAGUGGAUUCCACUAUCGCCAGUUCCUGCUCAAGGAGUUGAUCACAGACCUGAACCUGGGGCCUGAGCUCUGGAGCAACAGCGGUCCUCAGAAACAAGCAUCCUCUUCCCCUGACAGCUCUUAUUUAGUCGAUCAGCUUUUCUACCAGGAGAUGGAAUUCUGCUCGGACCUGAUUCUGUCCUUCCCUGGACAUGAAGCACUCUGGAGUCACCGGAGACACGUGUUCUACUUGUGGCACCAAUGGAAGGAGCAUCAUCGUGACUGCAGCAGCAGUAGAGACAGCCAGUUAAAGCACCUCAGUGAGCUGGAGGACCAAGGACGAUCAUGUUUGAGCAGACACGGACAUGGCAGCGUCCUCAUGGAGGUAGACCUGGUUUCCUUGGAAGAUCCAGAAGAAGAGAAGAAGCUGAGAGGUGUGCUGCCACCUGGAGUCCUGAACCUACCGGCUGAACACCUGUUUGUCAGCAGUUUGCUGGACAGCUGUUGUUCCCAUGAGCAGAGGAGCUUGGCCCUGGCAUACAGGAAGUGGUUAGACAUGGUCAUUGGUGUGCAGUCCUGAGACCAACCUGUAGGUCCACCCCUUCUCAACACUCCAGUUGCCUUAGGAACAACUAACCUACCAGUAGCUCGAAUUCAGAUCAUUAGUGAUGCCUCUGGGUCAGGUCGUAGUGGAGACACUUCCUGAGAGGAGAAUGUCUGAUGUGGCACCUGCCUACUGAGUCAGCUGGUCUCAGGGCCCACCUCGUCCUCCAGACCUACUGUAGAACUUCAGGAACUGGUUCAACGGAGACAGCAGUUAUUUAUUUGUUAAGAAGCCGGUGUGGUGCUCGUGUUACAUGGUUUUAAAACAGACGAUAACGUUUUAUCUGAAACCAACAAGGCAAUAAUGUCCAAGAGAAGCUACAGAUUCAGCCUUGUCUGCUAACAACGAGCUGUAGGGGUACAUGUCGGUUUAUCUUCACAGCUUACAGAUGCUCUACCUGUAGCUGAAGGGAACAAAUCACCUGCUAGAACACAUUAAAGAGAGUAAACCCGUCUGCUCUUGCCUGUUGCCACACACACACACGGCCCUGAGAGAUCUCCAUACAUCAACUUCUCAUAUUUUUAUUCAUGUGCUUCUUCACAACUGAACAACCCUGGAGGAACAGCUACGGUCUGAAGGACCCUGGAGGAGCAGCUACGGUCUGAAGGACCCUGGAGGAACAGCUACGGUCUGAAGGACCCUGGAGGAACAGCUACGGUCUGAAGGACCCUGGAGGAACAGCUACGGUCUGAAGGACCCUGGAGGAGCAGCUACGGUCUGAAGGUCAGGAACAGCGGUGGCUGUAGUAGCACCAGUAAAAGCCACAGCUGUUACUCCUGCUAAAUAAAUAUGGGAACAUCAGAUCAGAUCAGGAGAAGCGGGUCAGUCGCUGCUAUAGUCCUCUAUGUUCAGGUCUUCUUCAUCGAGGAGAACUUGGUUUGUUGACAGUUCAGGCUGACUGGACGGAAGGUCCCUCUGCUCCUCCUCCACCUCCUGCUGCUCCCCUGUCUCCUUGUCUGUCAGAGUCUCGGGUUUCAGUCUGAAUACAGAACAGCACAGUAGGAAGUUAAUGAAUGACACCACCGCUCUGACCCUGCCAGACGGGUGAAUUGUGCCAUACCUUCCAGAACAUCUCGUCAGAGACAUGUGGCCCACAGCCUGGAUGAACGUUACCUGUGCUUCGGGACAGAACGCAGCAGGUCAUCUCGGUUUCAGAUGAGUAACACAAGCAUAGUAACUUAGAUCAGAAAGAGUUAACGAGCACAAGAAGGUACAACAGCACAUGAAAGUAAACCAGAUGUGUGUUACUUUGGCUCCUCAUGGGGUUGGAGAGUUUGGCCAGGUAAGGCAGCAGCUGGGUCUGCAGGCACACUGGUGGAAGACCAAAGCUCCUGAACAGGGACUGGGCAGCCAGACAGUUGUCCCGAUACUGGAACCAACAGAACCACAUCCAUCAGAACACUGAGGGUGAGGGCCUGAACAUUCCUCAGCACGUUUCCUUCUGAGGGUGAAAGCUCACUUGGAAACCAGCGCUGCCAGAGGAACUGAUGACGUGCUGAACACCUAGACCCAAACAUCUCCUUGUCCGUGAUUUCAGACGGUGCUUUUAUUCUGGGACUGCGGCAGCAGCCAGCGUCUGUACUAGAUUGGCUCAGGGGCUUGCGCCUGCUGAUGACAUCGCUAGGUGGGCGGAGUGUACGACUAGCAGUUACAUUACCACGUUGACAAUGAAACGUCUGAGUGGUAAAUGUGCAGUUGUGGUUCUUGGUAGGAACCAACUUUGACACAGAAGUCCAUCGUUACCAUGGCUGCGGCAUGUUGAAGGUUUCCGCUCAAGAGGGGUGGUUCACGGCCUUUGGCUAACAUUUGUACCAACAGAAAAAUGUACUGGUCUAAUAAAUAAUCUCAGCUG